AUGUACGACCACCCCUACACUGCCAAGCACCUGCGCGCCAUCCGUGAAGAGCUCCGAUAUGUCGUCAUGGGACCACAGAUCGACGGAAAGCUGGCAUGUGGCGACGAGGGCACUGGCAAGAUGACGGACUGGCGCGACAUUGUCAUUGCAAUCCAGGACAUGGCCGCACUCUUCCGCACUCGUCUUGCACAGGUCGAGAUGGCCCACAUGGCGGAAGACGAGGCCGCCGCAGCCGCCCGUGGCGAAGUGGAUUCUGGAGGCGAUACGACCAUGGGCGACUCAAGCGAGCCGCGCAACAUUGACCACCCCUUCAUGCCCCCGGUGCAGAGGUCGCCUGGAGGUACCGCCAUCCCUGCUGGGGCGUUGCACAAUGUACGCCUGGCGGAGAACGUCGCCCGACUUGAUACGAUGUCCUGGGAACAUCAUCCCACACAUGGGAGUCAGGCGCGGGGCUCCCAAUUCACUUCGGCAGACGGCAAGCGGCACUCUGAGAUUAACGACAUGAUCGCCGACGCAUGGGGUGAGACCGCCAAAAGUGUGUUCUUCGCUGCGCCUAAUCCUCCAGGUGCACAAGGACAACCUGCUCGUGAACCUCCACGGCGCAAACGGCACGAUUUGCACUCUGCGGAACGGCUUGUCGACCUGACAAGCCACUGGGAUGACCAGGAACAUCUCGAAGCCGAGGCUCCGAGCCGUGCCGAUAAAGGAGGACAAAACGGAGCUGGUGCUGGAGCCGCGCCCAGCAUGCCCACCGAAGCUGGUGAAACGCACGGCAGCCGCCCAUCGGGAGUGCUUGCGGAUCUUCCCAAACAAUGGAAUGGUCCUGAAGGAGUGACCCAUGUUCCCCCUUUCAACAAGUUCCAUCCUGGGUGGUGCGACGUGGAGUAUGACAACGAUGUGAGGCCAACAACAGCAUUGCCUGUUUCGAAUCCUCCGCCCAGGCUCCCAGGACCCAUUGGUGACAACGACGCUCACUUGCCACCAAACACGACCACGGGGUUUGCCAUCCUCCGCCCUAUCUGGGGCGAAACGACGUACGAGGACCACUCGAGGUUACCCGGAACCCACUCGUACGCAAGCAAGGCCGACAAGACCAGUACAGAAGCCAACAACGCCGAGGCUGGGCCCUCAAACUCCAGCCCCGACGCCGUGGCGUCUCUUGAAAUUCCCCCCGAGUUCAACCUCUUCAAACCUGGCUGGGGGGAGGCCACCACCCGGGCCCAGGACGCACCCACACCAGCCGUGACCCACGGUCUUCCCCGGCGAGAGCGCGACCGACAUGAUUUGAACCUCGGGCCCAGUUCUCGGCAUAUCAGCAUGGAGCCCACGAAAGCUUCGUCGGUAACGGAGCACUGGAAGAGCAUGAGUGGGGGCAUGUACUGGGAGCAGAGGUGGUGGUUUGGCUGA